AACAUGGCUGUGCCUCCCACAUACGCUGAUCUUGGCAGGUCUGCCAGGGAUGUCUUCACCGAGAGCUAUGGCUUUGGCUUAAUAAAACUUCAUUUGAAAACGAAGUCGGAGGAUGGAUUGGAAUUUACCAGCUCAGGUUCUGCCAACAUGGACACCACCAAAGUGAACAGCAGUCUGGAAACUAAGUACAGAUGGACCGAGUAUGGGCUAACAUUUACAGAGAAAUGGAACACAGACAACACUCUGGGCACUGAGAUCACCGUGGAAGAUCAGCUUGCUGGUGGACUGAAGCUGACCUUCUGAUUCAUCUUUCUCACCUAACACUAGGGGGAAAAAAAUGCUAAAAUCGAGACAGGGUACAAGAGAGAGCAUAUCAACCUGUGCUGUGAAGUGGACUUUGACAUUGCUGGGCCUUCAAUUCAGGGUGCUCUGGUGCUUGGCUAUGAGGGUUGGCUGGCUGGCUACCAGAUGAAUUUUGAGACCUCGAAGUCCCGAGUGACCCAGGGCAACUUCGCAGUUGGCUACAAGAGGUUCGAAUUCCAGCUUCAUACUAAUGUGAACGACGACGGGACAGAGUUUGGUGGCUCCAUUUACCAGAAGGUGAACAAGAAGUUGGAGACAUCUGUCAGUCUUGCCUGGACUGCAGGAAACAGUAACACUCGCUUUGGAAAUAAAUGUAGUCUUCACCCCUGA